CAAGUCAUGCGAUGUUAAGUCGUAGUUAAUAAUCAAGAUAUAAGCUUGCAAUUUGAAAACUGGCGAUCAUAUUAUAUCUUCAAUCGUUUGGGAAGUAUUUAGGUUAAGAGGCUAACCCGUUUUAUACAGUUUACUACCGGAAAUUUGAAAAUGGGACAAUUCGAAUCAAGACCAAAUUUAGGAAGAACAUCCAGUAAAUCUGAAAACACAAACAACAAAAGGUUGCGCCUUCCAGUUGGACUGAAAUUUGAAGGUUCAACUUCAUAUAGCAACGGCUUAAUGCAAAUGUUAUAUUUUAUACCAAAACUUCGAAAUGCAGUCUACAUUGUUGCAAAUGAAAAAAAUCCAGAUAAGAAAGUAUCCUCCAUGCUUGAAGAAUUGUUUCGAAAAAUGGAUGACAGUAAAGGUCCGGAUGGAGAACACAAAGUACGAACCGACAUCCACGGAUUACAAGAAGGAGAAAGGGGAGUAAAACUGCUUACACUGAGUCCAAUUUUAUGUUUGUAUUCGGAGAGAUAUCGAAAAAAGUUUUUGGAACCAUACGAAUUUUCGAGAAAACUAGAACUUGAUGAAUUUUUGGACAUACCAGAUCCUAACGACAAGGCAACAUAUGUGCUACAUUCUUUACUCAUUCACAGAUGUAAACUCGAGGGUGAAAACAGUGCAGGCAACUAUCAUGCAUUUAUUGAUCCAAAAUGUGAUGGCAACUGGUUUGUUUUUGAUCAUGAAUUAGUGGAGAAGUCUGCUGAAGAAGAGAUGCUUCGAGAAGGAUUUGGUGGGGUAAUUGAUGACCAGUUAUACCGUCCAUACUUCUUCUUUUAUAUUCGAGAAAGCAAGAUAAACGAAAUUCUAUUGGGAUAAAGAGUAUACAUUGAAAACUCAGGGGGAAUAUAAAAGAACCGUUUCGUGCUUAUCUGUCGCUAGAACUAUGCCGCACCCAAAUUGAUGCCACGCGAUGCCAAACUAUAUUAAAAAGAUGAUGAAAAUCUUGGUUGUGAAUCGAAUGUUCCUAAUUGGAUGGAUUUACAGGAUUUGAAAUUUUACAACAUACGUUGAACUUCUUGACUGAUUUAUUAAGGUACAUAGGUGACAUGGUAUGUAUUCGAAUAUUUAAAAUAUAGAAAAAUGAUGUGGAAUUCCCGUUUUUCUGACCGAAUAGAAAAGACACCGCCAAACGCAUUGGCAGAGGGUGAUAGCAGAAAGGGUCAUGUGAAAUGUAUAUUACAGUAUUAUAUUGCAAUACUACAUCAUCAGUGAUUGUUAAAUGAGUUGUGAUUUCUAACGAAGAU